AUCCUCGGAUAUUAUUUUGUCAAUUUCUCUUCUAAUGGAAACACAGUGAUAACUCAUCGGGAUAUGCGUGAAUUAAAUUGGAAUGUGAAGGGCUGGUCACCACACUCUACGCAGAAUCUCAAAGUACAGAGAGAAAAAGUUGCAGGGUAGAUUCUCAUGUCUUUACAAAAGUGUCUCGAGAUAAUCGAAGGAGAAGAUCAAGAGAUGAUCGGGAAUUAUGAACGAACACUGUGCAUAUCGAGUCGCUUAAUUUGCCAGAGAAAAUACUUGGUCGAUACUGAGAGCUCUUUCAAAUAGUGUUUCCUUCAUUCAAAUCCUUUGAAUCACUUUCAUUGGUGUUCUUCGUAUUGACAACUUUGAUAAGAUGAAUUACCAAUGCUGCCUAGCUUUAUGGAGCAGCAGAGUGUAACAAUCGCUAAAGUUGGAAUGCAUGCAUCCUUGAAUGCUCGGUUAUCCUGACCCUGGCAUCAAUAGAAAAUUUGCAGCGCAAACUCAAAUCUGGGAGCUUUACUUCAUGUGAUAGGUAUUAUGUUGAACUCACUUUAUGCUUGAAAUACAUUUAUAAAUUGUAUCCCUAUGCUAUUUCAAAAAAUUAAAGAUUCCUAAAUCCUAUGCUAUCCUUUAAUAUAAAAUUUGAGAGUUUGGACUCUGAGAAGUUGACAUUUGGCACUUCUUAAGGCUUUGUUUCUUCACAAAUUGCCACGUGUCUCUAUCAACACGAUUCGCACGUGUUUUUUAUUCCGUCAAGGAAAAAAUGGAGAACCCAAAGAAGGAAAUUAUUGAAGAUCAGGUCGUGGCUUCUUCAAUUUUCCAUAAUUUUAUUUCCUCUAAGAGAAUACGGAGAACCCACGAAGGAAAGUCACGGAGAUUACGGCCAUGAUUUCUUUAUCGAAUGAAAUUUUGGAAAAUUCCAAAAUCAAAACCUGUGGAAAAUUCCUAAAUUGAAAUCCAUGGUGAAUUGGCAGGUCCUCUCUCUUGAUACCAUAAUUGGUUCUUCUUCACAUUAUUGAGAUCCAAGAUGCCAUACAAGAACCGUUGGCUCUUCUUCAGAUAAGGAAACUAACGAAAACUUCCUGCAUUUGUUACUGAAAUUCAAAGUUAUUAUUUUUAUUCAAAUCAUAUUCUUCUCUGAUUUCACCUUAACUGUUUGAUUCUUUAUAGACUAGCAUAUUUUAUUAGGGUAAGAUCUGAUUUAAUGCCGUCAAAUUCACAAUUCCAAUAUGCAGAUUUCAUACUUUAAUUGACCCAUUGCUUGAUUCCCACGAUUAUUUUUGCCAUGACUAUAUACAUAUACAUUCUACACGCACAACUCAUGUCACCUCCUCUGCUUGAAUCAACUGAAAAAUAUUAACCCGUACUAAUCCAUACAUUUUUUAGAAGUUGCCAUGUCUAAACCUAUCCAUACUUUGUCAAGAAUAACUCCCACCAGUGAAUGUUAGAGAAUCAAGGUUCGUGUAAUAAGACUAUAUACUUUGCCCGUAUAUAGUGAUGAGAAGACAACAAAUUCCAUUGAGAUCGAUGGUCUUCGUGGACGAACAUACAAUAUGGGGAUGCUAGCUGCUAUCGGUGGGGAGAAAGAUAUAGUGAAGGAAUCUAAAAGGACAAAGAUAAUUGUGAUAACAAUCCACCGAGAACAUAUGGAAAAAUGGCAGGAGGAAAUUAAGGAACUGCCCUUGCUAGACGUUUCAAAUGAGGAAGCUGGUGCAAUUUUACAAAAUGCCAAGUACAAGCCCAACAUUUGUGUUGACUCCUGAAGGUAAUGGCUUAGAUGAUGAAUAUGUGCCUAGAGAGAAAGAAGCUACUUUUUUGACUUUAUCUUACUGGGUUCAAAUGAGUGCUUACAAGAAUGCUCCUGCCUCAAAAAAAUUGCAUUUAAUUAAUACAUUAAUACAUUCUUUUCAAUUUUUAUAUACAUGAAUUUAAGUUAGCAUACUUUGUUUAUAUCUGGUGCUAUCAAUUUGGUGUAAAGUCGCCUGAGUAAGCUGUUGUUCGCCGGAAGUUUCACCAUUCAAUCACCGGAAUCAUCGUUAAGCUUCGAGAAAAAGGUUUGCAGUCUAUAGACCACAUCU